AUGUUUGAACAGCGAGCAAGAAUAGUACAUGAAGGUAUUGCACUGGCUGAAUAUACAGGUGGAAAUGCUAAAAAAGAAAUUCAACAGACAAACUAUGGAAAAGCGAAAAGUACGUUAGACAGUCAACUGGCCGGUUUAGGCGAAACUAAAAAGAAAGCUGGAGAAAUGAUUGAUGGAGCAAGAAAAUUCGAGGAAACCGUGAAUGAAAAUCGAAAAAGCAUUGCUGCCUUAGAGGAUGCUGUAAAGAUAAUGACUGACCAGAAGAAUGAUGAUAGACGCAAGAUGGACGAAUUAGAGACCAAAUACCGCAACAUGGAAACAUCACAGAGCGCCAGAGAUUUCGAGGAAGACCUUGCCACAUACAUCUACCCUCGAGACACACCAGUUAUACAUGGCCCAACAUUUGCCAAUUUGAUGCUCUGGCUGAACACGAAUAUGAACACGCCAGAAGGAGAAGAAGCAAACAAGAAGUGGAAGGCAUUGAAGGAUAGGUUUGGAUGGACAGAUCGACACGAAAAUGUCUUGUACAAGAUGCUCAAGUGCAAGAUGAUAUUCAAGCAGCAAAAAAUCGAUUUUGAUGCGACCUUCAGCAACGAAGAGAAAGAAUGCCGUGAUAAAAUUCUUCAAAUCCACAUUUACAUCAAAUCUAUUCCUUCCUAA